AUGGAGUGUGUUCCGGAAUGCCUGCGCUGUCGAUUCCGCAAACAAAUGUCUGAUGACGAACAGGCUAGUGAAAUUGAAUUCGACUUGCACUUCAAAUCAUCCUUUAUGAAUCUAAUUGAUGCAUUUUUAUUGCAUCAAGCGCUGCUAUUAAGCAACUUGGAGGACCUAUCACAUUAUAUCGAUAUUUCAGAUGAAAUUGGACAGUCUGGAAAUGUUCCACCUUUGAUUAGUUUUCUACCCCGUGAUUCUUUAUUACUCGAAAAUCAAACGACACCGGAGCGCUUUAAAAUAAGCUCCAGAUACUACACUCCUCACAUAGAAGCGAAUUCACAGUACACCGAUGACAAUAAAACUGGGCGGGCUGGUCAGCUAUCAGAGAAAGACGUAGUCCGGACAAAAGUUUACGAGGAAGUCAAGAAACAAAAACAGCUCUCUAAAGUGAAAUCUCGUGCGCAUCAAUCAGCACAAUUUGAAAAACAGCAACACUUUGGCAAACUGUCUGACACAAAAUUAUCAGAACCAUUACCACCACUAUCGAAACCAAAAGAUGCAUUUACCCAAACAGAUUCUGCUUGGAUAAAUCGGAUAACUGCUGCUGAGCGACAACCGAGUGAAGCGGAUGCAGCCAAGAAGCAAGAACCAUUCUCUAAUUCUGAUGCCAAGAUGGACUGGGAGAAAACUGAGCUGACAACUGCUGCAACCAGACCUGCACUGGGAUCUGCAGCUGCAUCUACCAAUAACGAAUUUGUUUUGGAAUUCAGAAUUACUAGUGCACUUUCAACGCCAAAAUCGUUAAGUAGCAAGAAUUUAUCACUAGAAGCGGAAGCUGGAAUGGGUCCACAAGCUGCUAUUCGGACACAGAACCGGAGCCUGAUCCAGCUGCUGAUGUGGAGCAACGUUGCAGCAAGCACAUGCGUUGCUGCCCACCAUCGUUGUGAGCGUUCCGACUCCUGUAAAUGGCACAUGAGUGAAGUACAAAUUCGUUGUGCUGCCGGCUACUGCAAUCGACAGCAGUGCGCAGAGGCAGUGCAACGAUUUGCUCGUUAUGUUGCGAGACCUUCUGUGGAAUCACUCAUGUUUUGCUACUGUGACAAGCUGGAUUCCGAGUGCUUCAAGUAUCAGUAUUGUCCGGUGCACAAUGGGCAGUGCAGCAUUACGGAGCUGGAUCACUGCAGACAGGCGAUUAUCGCUGUUCGUGGUACACAUCUCGAUUAUCCGUGCUACUGCUUGCAGGAUGACGCACUAUGCUUGCGGUACCAGGCCGGCAUGCUACCGAACAGUCCUUGCAUCGAGAAAUCAAUCGCAGAAUACUCGCGCCUCAUGAGCGACAUCCUGCCGCUACGCCAGAGCAGUGUUCAGUCGACUUUCUCAUCUGCUCUACCCGGUACCGAAGAUACUGAGAAACUAUCGAGUAAGAAAGUGGUUACUUCAAAAGACACGCCUGAGAUGAAAGGGAAGAUACUGCGAACAGGUUUCAGGAAUAAAACAAAAACACUGAAUGGCUAUAAAUGGACAGAGCCGCAAGUCGGUGCAGCAAAGCGUGAUGAGGAGCAAGGCAUGGAACAGAAGACUAAAGUAAAAAUGCAACAAAUUUCCGGAAAUAAUUUGGAUUCCGUUGCUACCGAUUUCAAGCUAACGGAGCAAACAGAACAGAGUGAUGCUCUCGGAAAUAUGUAUGAAAUAAAUGAAAGUAGAUAUGAAGAAAUAAGGGAAGCAAAAAACAGACUGGAAAAGGACGGAGAGCAUUGGAUUUCCGCUACAACAACUGCUUCUGAGCGUGAGAUGACGAAAGCUAAGCCAGAGCUUGAACAAAUAAAUGACACUAAGAAGAAUGGUGGCGCAAAAAGCACGGGUAUCGAAAAUAAGGAUUUCAAAAUUGUCAACGUUUAUAAAAUUCCGAUCAAGCAAUCUCCGGUCGUAAAAAGUUUCAAAUCAAAACAGACGGUGCCAAAAAAUGCCAGGACACGCUUGAUUUCGGACGGCUACCGACGAACUACUACUGCACAAAGCCAACUUGUUCCGAGUAGUAGUAGUAGUAUUAGUUCGCCUCGAAAAUAUAACAUGUCAACUUCGUCACCGCGCAUUGUUGGCAAAAUGUAUUCCAAGAGCUCCAGCGACGAUGGAAUCAAGAAAGUGGAUCUGUUGGUAGCUGAUCAGCAAACACUGUUUGAAAAG